CCAAAUCAACUUUCCUUUCUUCAUAUUUCCCCACAUGUCUGAAUUUCACUUCAUUCUGUCUGAAUUAUUAUUUAACUCAGAUUUAACAGUUCUUUUUCAAGCCGUGGAUUGAUCUUUUGUCGGGAAUCACGUCUAGACCAUAGAGAUUCAAGAUUUAUUCUAGAUUACUCCAGUGUCUGCCAUGGGAUACAGUUCAGAUGACGACAAGAUCCUCAGCUACAACGAUGUCGUCCUCAGGAGAUCAGAUUUGGACAUCCUCAACGGACCCAAUUUUCUAAACGACCGUAUCAUCGAGUUCUACCUAAGCUACCUAUCCACGGUCCACACUUCCUCUGCCAUCUCACUCAUCCCUCCCUCCAUUGCCUUCUGGAUCUCAAACUGCCCCGACACCGAAUCACUCAAAGACUUCAUCGAACCCCUUAGGUUGCUCGAAAGCGACCUCCUGAUAUUUCCUGUAAACGACAAUACCAAUGUCGAGCUUGCAGAAGGAGGGUUACACUGGAGCUUACUCGUGUACCACAGAGAAGCCAACUCGUUUUUCCAUCACGACAGCUUGAUGGGACUGAAUAAAUGGAGUGCAAAACAGCUCUUCGAGGCGGUUUCUCCGUUUGUGUCUGAUGGUGAUGCGAUGUACAGAGAGUGCAGUGAUACACCUCAGCAAAAGAAUGGGUACGAUUGUGGUGUUUACCUUCUCGCAAUUGCCCGGGUUAUAUGCCAAUGGUUUAGCUCUGGAGGAGUGAAGAACCGGGAUGAGUUGUGGUUUACUGAUGUGAAGGAGACCGUACCGGAUCUGGUUAAUCAUUUGAGAGAAGAGAUGUCAGGGCUGAUCAGAAGGUUGAUCUCUGAGAAGAGUGCGACUGUGUGAGUAAAUGAGAGAUGGUUUAGUGAAUGAUUUUAGAUUACUUUUGAUAUUUCAUUCUUUUUUUUCGAACAAUUACACUUGAUAUUUUCUAAUAUUCAAAUAUAUGUAGUUAAGCC